AAACGGCUGCCAAACAAACACGGUGUUUUUAAGUCUUAAAGCUUUUUCUCCGUUCACCAGUUUCAGAGCUUCUUCUCCGGUGAAAAUGGAAACAAAUUCCAAUUCCCCUUUCUCUCUUUCUCUCAAAUUUCCUUUUCUUUUCGCCCUUUUUUCACUCUAUAAACUCAUUCCCUCUUCUUGAUUUCCUCUCUCUCUCUUCAAUUGGGUCUUUCCCUUUCUCUCUCCUCCGUUCAUGGCUGUGACUCCCAAUGAAGUACACCACACCACAACCCAACAAAACAUCCCUCUCCUCUCUCUCUCCUCUCUUAAAUGACGAUUUUACCCUCUCCGCCCGUCGCCGUCGCCAUCGUCGUCCUCACCCUGACCGCCGUCGUUUUCUCGCUCUUCCCGGCGAUCGGAGCUCUUGGUUCUGCUUCUACCCUUGCCGUUAGCUACGGCUCCGGCACCGUCUGUGGCAUCGUCGCCGAGCAGCCGACCCAAAGGAUUUUGUGCUUCCGUAACGGUCAAACCAUUUUUAUUGAACCCCACAUCUCUUUCUCCGCCGUAUCCGGCGGCCGGCAUACCUUCUGCGGUAUAAGGACCGGCGGCUACACUCUGCUCUGUUGGGACUUUGACUCAACCACCGCUUUGUUUUCCCGGAGAAGACUCUACUACAACCCCGCCGUUCUUCUCGAGAAUCUCGCGGUCGGCGACGAGCAAAUCUGUGCUACGGUGAUUGGCGCCGGCAAUGUAACAUGCUGGCGAGAAGGUAACAACGCGAGAAGUGGAUUUUCUUCUCUUCAAUAUGAUUCAAUCUCUUCUGGGUAUGGAUUUUCUUGUGGGAUUUUGAAAGGGAAUCAAUCUGUUCGAUGUUGGGGUAGAAAUUCGUCGAUUGCAACCGAAAUCGAAAAUGGGUUUCGAAAUAUUUCAAUGUUGAGCAUCGUCGCCGGUGGAUUUCAUGCGUGUGGAUUGAAUUUCUCUGGUGGGUUAGUUUGUAAAGGGAAUAACGAUUUUGGGCAGUUGGAUUUUCCUUCAAAUUCAUCCAUGGGGUUCUCUGAAUUAUCACUCGGUGAACGCCAUAGCUGUGGGAUUUUGAUCUCGAAUCGGUCGGUGAUUUGUUGGGGAGGUUCGGGAUUUUCUGUUGAUUCGGUUAAAGAAACUUCUUUUGAGUUAAUUUCUUCAGGAUCUGACUUUGUUUGCGGUUUAACAACGAGUAAUUUCUCUGUUCUUUGUUGGGGACCUGGUUGGUCUAAUAAUUCUUUUGGUAUUUCUUCACUUUCUCUUCCUAAGAUUCUUCCUGGUCCUUGUGUUCAAUCUUCUUGUAGUGAUUGUGGGAUUUAUCCUUUAUCUCAAACCCUCUGUUCUAAUUCUGGGAAUGUCUGUAAUCGCUGUUUGUCUACUGUUUCAACGCCGCCGCCACCGUUACCGUCGCCUCCCCCUCCUCAGCGGUCGCUACCACCAACGGUGACGACCCCGUCGCCUCCGCCGGCUGCCUUGAGAAAGGGUUUGUUGGCAUUUGGUAUUGUGGGCUCAGUUGGGGCCUUUGCUGGGAUUUGCACUAUUGUUUACUGUUUGUGGACUGGUGUUUGUUUUGGGAAUAAGAAGAUACAUAACUCUGUUCAGCCCACCAUCACUAGAGCUGCUAGUUCAAAUGGCGGAACGACGACGUCGAACACGAACAACAGCCCUCCGUCGAGAUCGUCGACGAUACGACGUCAAGGCUCACGGAUAAUGCGAAGGCAGAGGAGUGGUACCUCGUCUAAGCACGCGGAUAGAGCAGAAGAAUUCACUCUAGCUGAGCUUGCUAUGGCUACGAAUGAUUUCUCUCCUGAUAACAAGAUUGGUGAGGGGAGCUUCGGCAUCGUGUACCGAGGGAAACUAUACGAUGGUCGGGAAGUUGCGAUUAAGAGAGGCGAAACGGGGCCGAAAACUAAGAAGUUUCAGGAGAAAGAGAGUGCUUUUGAUUCAGAAUUGGCAUUCUUGUCUAGGCUUCAUCACAAGCAUUUGGUUAGGCUUGUUGGGUACUGUGAGGAGAAAGAUGAGAGGUUGUUGGUUUAUGAGUAUAUGAAAAAUGGUGCACUUUAUAAUCAUCUUCAUGACAAGAACAACUCUGACAAAGCCAGUAGUGUUGUAAAUUCUUGGAAAAUGAGGAUCAAAAUUGCUUUAGAUGCAGCUAGAGGGAUUGAAUAUCUUCAUAACUAUGCAGUCCCUCCCAUAAUCCACAGAGAUAUUAAAUCAUCCAACAUUCUCCUCGACGCGAAUUGGACAGCGAGAGUAUCUGAUUUCGGGUUGUCAUUGAUGAGUCCAGGGUCGGAUCGUGAUUAUCGACCGACAAAGGCUGCUGGGACUGUUGGUUAUAUUGAUCCUGAGUACUAUGGACUGAAUGUUUUGACUGCUAAGAGUGAUGUGUAUGGGCUUGGAGUGGUGUUGUUGGAGCUUUUGACAGGGAAGAGAGCUAUAUUCAAGGAUGAUGAACAAGGAGGGACACCAGUGAGCGUGGUCGAUUACGCGGUGCCUGUGAUUAUGGUCGGAGAAUUGGUGAAGAUUUUAGAUCAGAGAGUCGGGCCACCGCAGAUCAAUGAAGCGGAGGCGGUGGAGCUGGUGGCUUACACGGCGAUGCAUUGUGUGCAUUUGGAAGGGAAAGAUCGGCCAACGAUGACCGACAUUGUCGCUAAUUUGGAGCGAGCUUUGAAUCUUUGUGAUGAUAGCCAUGGUAGCAUCUCUAGUGGUGGAAUUUCCAUUGUUUCAGAGUGAAAAAUUCUUCAAACACAAGAAAAUUUCCAGAGACAAAAAUUUUGAGCUGUUCUUCAUUGUUUUUUUUCUCUUUUCUUUCUUUAUCAUUCUUUGUGGGUACACUCUUGGUGUAAAAAAGUAGAGAUUUUUCCAUCUAACAUUGGUCCCAACUAACAUCACUUUUAUUUUUCA